AUGCGUCAUCAUAUUCUUUGCUAUCCCGCGGAUGCUAGCAAGUGGGCAGCAUUCCAAGCGCUACCGUUCAAGGAACGCUUGCGCAGAACGGCCGUUUUCAUCAAACACAACAGUGUGGGAAGCAAGCUCAUCUGGCUUUGUUGCGGUGAAUUUAAUAGAUGCUUUUUAUAUUAUCGUUUAUUUUUUCAGGUCAAAUUCAAAGUGACCACGCUAACAAACCAAACCUGGUCGCCUUUCUUGAGGGCAACAAAAGAUUUGAACAAGAUAUGGAAGACCAAAUAUUUUGUCUCAUUAUCAAUAUGGGCAAUCCCGAUCUCAUGCGUAAGUUUUCAUAAAGACUCGUCAGAAUUUUUAUCAUUUUCUUAAAAACAAUGGAAUACACUUUUUAUCAAACAAUUUAUUUCAGUUGCGUCACAAAGUUCCUACAAGUGCCCGCAAUACCUGAAGCACUUCUUCCAAUUGAAGUGCCGCGAGGACGGAACUAUGAAGAGGGGGAUCUGCCCGAGUCUGGAUGUUGAAGGCGGAAAGUGCGAGUGCAUUUACUGGCCAAGACCAACCACCGCCCCGACUGCGCCGAAAUUAAAUUCGAACCUCGGCAAUUCGGGGCCGUUGAAUUUCUCCGGACCAGGUUUGGGCAGCGGCUCGAGCUACUGGGGAUACGGCUUUACCGCAGGAUCGACCGUGUGGAAUGGAGGCGGCUACGGCUUCGGCUCCGGCUGGGGCUACGGCUCGCCGGCUCUCGGAAUCGGAUCAAUCGCAGGACCGGCCGUCUGGAAUGGAGGCGGCUACGGCUUCGGCUCAGGCGGGGGCUACGGAGCGCCGGCUCUCGGAAUUGGCUCAAUCGCAGGAUCGACCAACGGGAAUGAAGGCGGCCACGGCUCGCCGGCUCUCGGGAUCGGAUCAAUCGCAGGACCGGCCGUCUGGAAUGGAGGCGGCUACGGCUUCGGCUCAGGCGGGGGCUACGGAGCGCCGGCUCUCGGAAUCGGCUCAAUCGCAGGAUCGACCAACGGAAAUGAAGGCGGUCACGGCUCGCCGGCUCUCGGGAUCGGAUCAUUUGCAGGACCGGCCGUGUGGAAUGGAAGCGGCUACGGCUUCGGCUCAGGCUGGGGCUACGCUCCGCCGGCUCUCGGAAUCGGCUCAAUCGCAGGAUCGACCAACGGGAAUGAAGGCGGCCACGGCUCGCCGGCUCUCGGGAUCGGAUCAAUUGCAGGACCGGCCGUGUGGAAUGGAGGCGGCUACGGCUUCGGCUCCGGCUGGGGAAUAGGCGUUGAAGCAACCUCACAAUCGUGCCAGCAGCGGUCCCCGAAUCAUUCGCCACUCUUCAAUCCACAAAAUCCUGAAGUCCACGACCAAAAGUAA